CAAUAAACCCCGAAGAAGAACCUUUUUACGGCAGCGUGUGGAGCCGUAAAUCUGCAGCUGGAAGAAGGUUAAAGUGAGAAAAACAACAAACAAGCAUCAUGCCGUUUGUGGACCUGCAGUCGCGGCUCGGUAUCAACCUAGACCGCUGGAUGGUGCUGCAGAGCGGGCCGCAGCCCCACAAACGGGCGGCGCGCUGCCACGCCUUCGAGAAGGAGUGGGUGGAGUGUGCUGACGGCAUCGGUCAGAUCCGAGCCAAGAAGGAGUGCAAGCUGGAGUUUGAGGACUUUUACGAGUGCAUGCACAGGGAGAAGACGCACAAGCGGCUGUACGCCAUCCGCCAGCAGCGCGACAAGAUGAUAAAGGAGGGGACGUACACGCCUCCAGCCGCCCACACGGGCAAAGGCGAGCAGACGCCAUGAGGGGCCGCGCAGCUGCCCCCCCCCCACAGCACCUGUGUAUAGUAGAUGAAAUAUCUCAACAGUUCUCAAAUAAAUGUCCUUAUCUUA